UGAGCUGCAUCAUCUGAACUGAUGUCACAGCAUCAUGCAGCAGGUCAAACAAGGCAUCUUCUAGUAUUGCAUCCUACAGAUGUGCUGUAAACAUCAAAAGAAGACUGUGGGAGCAGGAGAUGCUGUUUUGGAAAGAAGUAAGGCUUAGCUUUCUCCAUGUUCACCAUGAGUGUGACACUUUCUCCCUUGAGGUCACAGGAUCUAGACCCCAUGGCUACUGAUGCUUCUCCCAUGGCCAUCAACUUGACACCCACUGUGGAGCAGGAUGAGGGAGAAGAGGUGAUGAAGGACAUGGAUUCAGAUCAGCAGUAUGAAAAGCCACCUCCAUUGCACACAGGGGCCGACUGGAAGAUUGUCCUUCACUUACCUGAAAUUGAGACCUGGCUCCGGAUGACAUCAGAUAGAGUCCGGGAUCUAACCCAUUCUGUCCAGCAGGACUCAGACAGCAAACAUGUGGAUGUACAUCUUGUUCAACUGAAGGAUAUUUGUGAAGACAUUUCAGAUCAUGUCGAGCAGAUCCAUGCUCUCCUCGAAACUGAAUUCUCCCUGAAGCUGCUGUCCUACUCGGUCAAUGUAAUUGUGGACAUCCAUGCAGUGCAGCUCCUCUGGCACCAGCUCAGAGUCUCAGUGCUGGUUCUGCGGGAGCGAAUUCUGCAAGGCCUGCAGGACGCCAAUGGCAAUUACACCAGGCAGACAGACAUUUUGCAAGCUUUUUCUGAGGAGACAACGGAGGGCCGACUUGAUUCACUAACAGAAGUGGAUGAUUCAGGUCAACUAACCAUCAAGUGCUCUCAAAACUAUUUGUCUCUUGAUUGUGGUAUUACUGCUUUUGAACUGUCUGACUACAGUCCAAGUGAGGAUUUGCUUGGUGGUCUGGGUGAUAUGACCUCUAACCAGGUGAAAACCAAACCCUUUGACUCUUGGAGCUACAGUGAGAUGGAAAAGGAGUUCCCAGAGCUUAUCAGAAGUGUUGGGCUACUUGCAGGAUCUACUGACCUUGUUCCCUCCAGCUCCAGUGAAGCAUUUGGUGAGGACAUGUCUGACAAAUCUCGUUCAGCAGACAGCAAAGAGGGUCAUAAAGAAAACAAUGCUUGCACAGUAGAGGAAGAGCCAGGCUCAGUGCCAGCUACGUCAUCAUCUGGGGAAGUGCUGACAAAUGCUGAUCAAUCAUCAUCUGAGUCUUUGAAACAAGACGCCCAGUCCACCUCCCAGCUUGGGCCAAAAAACCAACAGAUUUUUCCUGGUGAAAAUGCAACUCCCAAGCGGAGCAUCAGAGAUUGCUUUAAUUAUAAUGAAGAUUCUCCUACACAGCCCACAGUGCCCAAAAGAGGGCUUUUCCUUAAAGAGAAAACACUGAAGGAUCUGAAAGGCACUGUGAAGAAGAAGCAGAUGGCUGACCUCAAGCCUGAGAUGAGCAGAAGCACCCCUUCCCUGGUGGACCCCCCUGACAGAUCUAAACUCUCCCUGGUGUUGCAGUCUUCCUAUCCCAGCAGCCCAUCAGUUGCCAGCCAAUCAUAUGAGUGUUUGCACCAGGUAGGGGAUGGGAAUCUUGAAAACACCGUCAAAAACCACAUUAAAGAAAUCUCUUCUAGCCUGGGAAGGCUGAAUGAUUGCCAUAAAGAGAAAUCCCGAUUUAAAAAGUCUCGAAAGACAUCACAAGAAGCAUUUCCACGCCAAAUACCUAAGCAAGGAAGUAGUUCAGACAAACGAGCAGAAAAUGUGGGACGCACAAUUGUAACUAAUGGAAUCCCUGCGGGCACCUCCAAGGCCAUAGACACAGAUUCUGCUUCCACAUCUUCACUUGAGCCAGGUAGUCAAAAUAGCUGUAAUGCUGAAUUGCCAGUGCAGGCAGAAACUGCCAGUUUAUCUUUUUUGUCUCAAAGCAGUGAAUCCUCUGCUGGUUCAGAGAACAUCAUAUCUCCAAUUCCCCUUCUUUCAAAACACAAAAGCAAGAAAAGUACUUCUCCUCCAAAUCAUGUAACCAUGAACGGUCCAGUUGUGGAAGCCUGGUAUGGCUCCGAUGAAUACUUAGCACUGCCCUCGCACCUUAGACAGACAGAGGUCUUAGCCUUGAAAUUGGAAAACCUAACAAAGCUUCUGCCUCAGAAACCCAGAGAAAUUAUUCAGAAUAUUGAUGAUUGGGAACUCUCAGAAAUGAAUUCUGAUUCCGAGAUUUAUCCAGUGUACCAUGUCAAGAAGAAACAUAGGAGACUAGGCAGGGCAUCGCCAAGCUCGUCCAGUGACAUAGCGUCUUCCCUGGGAGAAAGCGUUGAAUCUGGACCCCUGAGUGACCUUCUUUCUGAUGAGGAGUCAUCUAUGCCUCUCUCUGGCCUGAAAAAAUACAUUAGCCAGAAGUCAGAGGGAGCUUCAUCCACUGAAAAAAACGAGAGUCACUCUGCUGCAAAAUCUGCUUUAAUUCAGAAACUGAUGCAAGAUAUUCAGCACCAAGACAACUAUGAAGCCAUAUGGGAAAAAAUUGAGGGGUUUGUAAACAAGCUGGAUGAAUUUAUUCAAUGGUUAAAUGAAGCCAUGGAAACCACGGAGAAUUGGACUCCACCCAAAGCAGAGACUGAUAGCCUUAAACUGUACCUGGAGACUCACUUGAGUUUCAAGUUGAAUGUAGACAGUCAUUGUGCUCUAAAGGAAGCUGUGGAGGAGGAAGGACACCAACUUCUUGAGCUUAUUGCGUCUCACAAAGCAGAAGGACUGAAGGACAUGCUGCGGAUGAUUGCAAGUCAAUGGAAGGAGCUGCAGAGGCAAAUCAAACGGCAACACAGCUGGAUUCUCCGGGCUCUGGAUACCAUCAAAGCUGAGAUUCUGGCUACUGAUGUGUCUGUGGAGGAUGAGGAAGGGACUGGAAGCCCCAAGGCUGAGGUUCAACUAUGCUACCUGGAAGCACAAAGAGAUGCUGUUGAGCAGAUGUCCCUCAAGCUGUACAGUGAGCAAUACACCAGCAGCAGCAAAAGGAAAGAAGAGUUUGCUGACAUGUCAAAAGUUCAUUCAGUGGGAAGCAAUGGGCUUCUGGACUUUGAUUCAGAAUAUCAGGAGCUCUGGGAUUGGCUGAUUGACAUGGAGUCCCUUGUGAUGGACAGCCACGACCUGAUGAUGUCAGAGGAGCAGCAGCAGCAGCUUUACAAGCGAUACAGUGUGGAAAUGUCCAUCAGGGACCUGAAAAAGACAGAGCUGCUUAGUAAGGUUGAAGCUUUGAAGAAAGGUGGCGUUUUACUACCAAAUGAUCUCCUUGAAAAAGUGGAUUCAAUUAAUGAAAAAUGGAAACUGCUUGGGAAAACCCUUGGAGAACAGAUUCAGGACACAAUGGUGGGACACAGUGGGUCUGGUCCUCGUGACCUACUCUCUCCUGAAAGUGGAAGCCUCGUAAGGCAGCUGGAGGUCAGGAUCAAAGAACUGAAAGGGUGGCUGAGAGAUACAGAGCUUUUCAUCUUCAAUUCUUGCCUGAGACAAGAAAAGGAAGGAACAAUGAAUGCUGAGAAACAACUGCAAUACUUUAAGUCCCUCUGUUGUGAGAUCAAGCAGCGGCGGCGUGGUGUGGCCUCUAUCCUACGCCUGUGCCAGCAUCUUCUGGAUGACCGGGAGACCUGUCAUCUGAAUGCAGACCACCAGCCCAUGCAGCUGAUCAUUGUCAAUUUGGAAAGAAGGUGGGAAGCCAUUGUCAUGCAAGCUGUCCAGUGGCAAACGCGGCUACAGAAGAAGAUGGGAAAGGAGGCUGAAACUUUGAAUGUGAUUGACCCAGGUUUGAUGGACCUAACUGGCACAAGUGAAGAUGCUCUGGAAUGGGAUGAAACUGACAUAAGUAACAAAUUGAUUAGUUUGAAUGAAGAAGCAAAUGACCUUGAUCAAGACUCCCAACUUCCUGUGCCUUCCUUGAAGCUGAAAGAGACAGGUGGAGAGGAUCCUGCUUGUGAAGAGGAGGCAGGAGACUGCUCAGGGUCUCAAUAUGCCACAAGUGUCACUGUUUCCUCUGGUCCUCACAUUUACCAGGUGUACAGUCUCCACAAUGUCGACCUUUAUGAGGACAACCACAUACCAUUCCUAAAAAACAAUCUCAAACUCAUCAGUAAGACCCAGCCUAGUAUUCUAACCAAGAGUUUCAGUAAGGACUCUUCAUUUUCAUCUACCAAAUCUCUUCCAGACCUUCUGGGGGGUUCAAACUUGGUGAAGACCUGUUUGUGCCAUGGAGGAGACAGGAGCCAGAACUCAAGCAGUGAGAGUGGAAUUGUCAGUGAGGGAGACACUGAAACCACUACCAACUCAGAAACAUGUUUGCUCACUGCAGUGGAUGGGUUGCCAUGUAACCAUGAAACAGAACAUCUGGACCCCCAAAUUGGAAAGGCUAUCGACGUUUUAACACAAAAGUUUAAAGAUGACAAGGAACACAUUAAGUUUCCAAAUAGCUCUCAGUCAACGAUUUCACCAUUGAGUUGUGUAAAUGGAAAAGUUGGAGAUUUAACCAGUGUUACCAAACAUACCCCUGAUAGUUUGGGAGAAGAAUUACAAGGAAAACAUGAUGUGUUUACAUUUUAUGAUUACUCUUACCUCCAAGCCUCAAAACUCAAGUUACCCAUGAUAAUGAAACAGUCUCAGAGUGAAAAAAUACACAGGGAGGAUCCUUUGCUUCAUGGUUUUUAUUUUGAUAAAAAAUCCUGCAAAUCUAAACAUCAGGAUACAGAGUUACAAUCAGAGACCUCUCCCCAUGAAAAUAUUUUGGCAAGUGUGUCCCAUGAUGUGGAUUACAGUUCCUAUAAAAGUGGUGAUGUAGAGAAGACAUUCACUAGCAUGCAGAAUGCCAGACCUCUCUCCCUUUUAUCCCAUAGCUCAUCUAUUGAAUCUCUUUCUCCAGGAGGUGAUUUAUUUGGGCUGGGCAUCUUUAAAAAUGGCAGUGACAGCCUCCAGCGAAGCACUUCUUUAGAAAGUUGGUUGACAUCCUAUAAAAGCAAUGAAGAUCUUUUUAGUUGUCACAGUUCAGGGGAUAUAAGUGUGAGUAGUGGCUCAGUUGGGGAACUGAGUAAAAGGACAUUAGAUCUCCUGAAUCGUUUGGAGAAUAUCCAAAGCCCCUCAGAGCAAAAGAUAAAGCGAAGCAUUUCUGAUAUCACACUCCAAAGCAGUUCCCAAAAAAUGUCCUUGAAUGGACAACUAUCUUUAGACAGAGCAUCUUCUAUCAAUGAAGAUUCCCCCACCUCACUGACAGAAUUUAGCAGUAGUGAUGAGAUUUCUCUUUGCUCAGAGGAUAUUGUGUUACACAAAAACAAGAUCCCAGAAUCAAAUGCAUCAUUCCGGAAGCGCCUGACCCAUUCGGUAGCUGAUGAAAGUGAUGUCAAUGUCAGCAUGAUUGUUAAUGUCUCUUGCACCUCUGCUUGCACUGAUGAUGAAGAUGACAGCGACCUCCUCUCCAGCUCUACCCUCACCUUGACAGAAGAAGAGCUCUGCAUCAAAGAUGAUGAUGAUGAUGACUCCAGCAUUGCAACAGACGAUGAGAUUUAUGAAGACUGCCACUUGAUGUCAGGGCUAGACUACAUAAAGAAUGAACUACAGACCUGGAUUAGACCAAAGUUUUCCAUGACAAGGGAUAAGAAAAGAUGCAAUCUUGGUGAUGAAAUAAAAGACAAUAAGGGUGUAAGUGGUAGCGAAAUGACCAAUUCAUCUGAUGCCCUCAAUAUUGAGGCCCUCCUAAAUGGGCCCAUAAAACGUCUCUCUGAAAAUAAUGGAAAUGGUAAGAAUUCAUUCCAAACCCAUCAGGCAGGAACAAAGUGUGAGAAUAAGAAAAAUCUUUUCAAAGUUAAUAAUGAUCCAUAUGUGGCUGACAUGGAAAAUGGCAAUAUUGAAAGUACUCCAGAAAGACAAGAGAUCAAAUCAGGUGGGAUAUCCUUGGAAUCAGAAACCUUUGGUUCAACUGGCAAACUAAAUUCAGAAAAUGGGCAUUGCAAGUGUAAAGCAGUUAUGGAGAGCUCAGAGGAAUCAAAUAUUGCUGAAAAGGAAAUUGAACCCCCAAGUGUUAAACGCCUUUCAAAUAAAUGUCAAAAUCACCACUGUUCUGAAAAUCAAAGUUCAGCGUCUACACCCACUGAUAAAUCUAUUUCAGAACUACCUUCUGAAACCAGAGUAGUCCAUACACAGGAUAGUGAUGUGCCCAAAUCUUCAUCUAAUGAUGUGCUGAGCACGCCUGGGAACUCUGUUGGUUGUUGCCCAGCAUUCAAACAAAGUGAAACAGAGGAAAAUGCUUCUAUCAGCGAUAUUUCCUGUUGUGACUAUGAGCCAGAUGUUUUCCAUCAGAAAGACGCUGAAGAUUGUUCAGUACACGACUUUGUUAAGGAAAUCAUUGACAUGGCUUCAACAGCCCUGAAAAGCAAAUCUCAACCUGUAAAUGAAAUGGCUGCACCGACUUCAUUAACUCAAAUCAAGGAAAAAGUGCUGGAACAUUCUCAUCGACCCCUUCAGCUGAGAAAGGGGGACUUUUAUUCCUACCUAUCACUCUCUUCACAUGACAGUGAUUGUGGAGAGGUGACCAGUUACAUAGAAGAGAAGAGCAGCACCCCAUUGCCCCCAGAUGCUACUGACUCCAGCUUAGAAGACAAGGAAGACAUUGAAUUCUUCUUUGAAGCCUGUGUUGAAGAUGGCCCUGAUGCCAAUGAGCCUUGUUUCCUCAGUUCUCUUCCAGAUGCACCUGCAGUUCCUGUUGAAGCUGUACUACCACGUCAAGCCAGAGUAGGUCCUUCUCAGUCUGGUGAGGUGCCUCACUCAGCUAAUAUUGCUCCUCUCCCUCCAAGUGGGUCUGACAAUGGAAAGGAAGUGGUUAAUUUACCCCAAGGUCCCAGUGACUCCAAGGAAAACCUAGAUUUAGCUGCUUCUUCAAGGCUUGGCAAUGAAAAAGAAAGUUCACAAAACCUAAGUGAGUAUGGGAUGGCAGGAGCAUAUAAUUUGGCUACAGCCAAAUCCAGUGUUCCAGACUUUUCCGCGAAAGAAAAGCAGUCCAAAGACAAGGCUGCAUUGCAUCCCAACCCCAAAACUUUAACCUGUGAAGAGAAUCUCCUAAACCUUCAUGAAGAACAACAUAGAAAUAUGCAUAGGUAGAAUAUAACCCUCUCCAAGCAUGAAAAUCAUCUCACUGAAAGAUAAACCUGGCUGCAACUAAGGGGUGGCCUCAUACUCCCACCCCAGCUCGUCUCUGGUCCAUCAUAUCACUGCCAUCAUUGUACUAACCUCUCCCAAGAUGAAGCUUCCUUCUGAAUGCGGUUUGUCCACAUGCGCCUUGUGAACUGGAUGUGUGCACUGGUUCUUUCUAGGUGAUCGUCUUUGAAGUUCAGCACAGCUGCUUGUUUUUGCCCAUGGAUUCCUGUCCCAGCUACCUCUUCUAACCUCGUCUCUUCAGCAAGACUUUACUUUGCCUCUGUGCUUCCCAUCUGCUCUUUAAGAUUUUACAAUUCUCAAAAAUUGAUGGUCCAUUAAUUUCACUUCUCCUGGAAUGACCCCUUGCUGAUAUUUAUUGAAUUUCAUGUUUCAAAUCUGGAUUUUUUUAAUGGUAUUAUGGCUUUGUUUUUUGACUACAGCAUAGAGAAGAAACACUGGCCCUUCUUUCAAAAUUAAGCAGCUUUUGAAAGUACCAUUUUAUUUAUUUUAUUUAAAAAUAUAUCUAUGCAGCACUUGAAGAAACUAUAUGGUGUUGUAUAUUAUAAACUUGUGAUAUUCUACUCUUCAAUUAUAUACAUUUUGUUUUUUAAUGCUUCUUAAGGUGGGAAUGAGAAAACAAUGUUUUUUAAAAAAAAUGUGUGCCUUGCUGUAUUUCUUAUGCCAUUUAUUAAAAAGCUGCUUUCAUGGUAAAAUUAUGUUGGUUUGAAUGGAGGAAAUAGCAAGGUUAAGAAGUGUGAAUAGAUUCUGUAUAUAUGUAUAACCAAGUACAAACAUUGAUGUAUAAUGACAGUAUAAAAUGCUUUAAUGUUUGUGAUGUCUAGUGAUGUGGAAAAUAUAAGCCUUAAAGCCAUUAGAUUGCAUGAUAAUUAAAAUUGGCAUAAUAAAUAUAGUUUAUUGGGGGAAAAGGAAAA